CGCACCCCGCCACCUUCCACGAAGCUCUCUGUAUAUCCCUACGCUCCGGGGAAACGAAGUAGUUCUGCAGCCGUGAGAAAAACCCAGCCAUGUCCGACCUGACCGCCGGAACUUGCGCUCGCGCUGCCGCCUGUAACGACAGGUGUGGCUGCUCUUACCCUUGCACCGGCAGCGCCUCGUGCAGGUGCGCCACCUCGGGCACAGAAGCCGGAGGAAUGGACCCCAAGAAGUGCUCGUGCGGGGACCACUGUGGCUGUAACCCCUGCAGCUGUGGGUCGGCCACUGCUGCAGCCGGGACGGGACGGGCCAACUGCCGGUGCGGACCCGGUUGCACGUGCGUCACUUGCGCCACUUGA